GUUACAUCCUUGAACUUUUUUAAAGAUUUAUUGGUUCAAGGACAGUGGAUGUGAGCAUCCCUCUGAGGUUGAUGAGUUCCCCUUAAAAUCGUGAAACCACUUGCUCUUCUCUUUAUGGAAAUAGAUAUCCUUAUGUUUUACAUGACUGAGGUGAUUGACAAUAUAUGACCCCAAUGUUUCUGUUUGUCUUAGGUUGUCUUGUUGAUAGAAUGUUUGCUCCACUAUCCUUUUGCCACUUCAGUCCCCUUUUUGUGAGAGUUUCCAUCUUUGUGUUUUCACAUGUUUAUAUCACUCCUUUUUGUAUUUUUUGCUGUCCUUAUACACAUAUGUUUCUAAAUGAAGCUCAAUGUUCUACUUUUUGGGCAUCAAUUUUUUAUAAAGCUUCUUUUUCCUACUACAUUUCUUCUUUUUGAAUUUGCUCAUGAAGCAGAAUCAAUGAAAAGAUUUAAAUAUUAACUUGAAUAUUUCAAUCCCUUUCAAGGUCAUUGUUUCGUCAUUCUCUUUGGAAGUUAAUUUUUAAAAGAAAGGUAAAGUUUGAUUUCAAAUUUUCACCUCUUUCCCUCCUUUCCUGUAAUAUUUGUUACUCCUACGAAUGACCAGAACUCCUUCGAAAAAUAGCACCAAUAUGAUGAAUACUGAAUUUUUUGAUAUGAAGGGCCUGCAAUUAAGAGAAAUGAAAAGUAAGAGGGUGAUCUAGGUAGGAACAUUCCAAUACUAAAGUUAGUACUGGCUUUAAUGGAGAUAAGGAGAAUGAAGGGGAAAGGGGGUAAAUGGAGAAUAAAUGAUGAAGGAACUUGGGAUUAUCAAGUCAGCAGCAGCUACUUGUUUGGAGGAGUAUCUUCUAUAGAAGGUGGAAAAAUCGUCAAGUUAUAAUGAUACAUCAUAUGUGAGCCGUACAGUUAUUUGGUAUCAGCUAGAAAGGUAUUGUUUGGCAGUUAGUACACCCUUUCAGCACAGAAGGAUAGGCAGUUGAUGGCGUCCUAUCCCUGUGAAACAUUACAACAUGCCAUGCUCAUCUGGAGCAGAAUUACUGUCUAGGGAGAAAUCUUCUCAUUUACUUGAUUCUAUUGAAUUAAGGCCUCUUUCAACUGGGAUGGAAGCCACAGAUAGUACCAUGAAGCUGUUGAAUGUGAAUUCUUCUCUUGCACAUCAGCAUUACAAUGUUGGCCGUCCAAUUUUCUUGAAACGAUCACGUCACCACUAUGGGCAUCAAUACUCUCGAAGGAAUUCAGGGAACAAUGCUCAUGCAUCGAGUUCUCAUGGGAAAAUUGCCCCUUUACGUGAUGAGAGACUUGCCUUCAGGUUGUCUGGUUCAGAGUUUGGACACCAUACAGCGACCAGAGAAAAAGCAUUUGGCAGGGCAGAUAGAAUUAGGCUAAGUUCCCUGGUAAUGGAUGCAUCUGAUGCAGUGAAGAUAAUAUGUGGGAUCUGUCAGAAGCCGUUAAGACGGAAACCAUAUUUUCUUGGAGAGGCACUUUCUUCCGGGGAAUGCUCUAUUGUGGCUGUUUUAGUCUGUGGUCAUGUGUAUCAUGCAGACUGUUUGGAGCAGAGAACAAGUGAUGAAAAUAGAUGUGAUCCCCCUUGUCCAUCUUGCUUGGGCUUGCUUUCUCAGGAGGAUCCCUCAAGAGGAUAAGAGAUAUACGGAUAUUCACUUUUAUGAUACUGAUUAUAUAGGAUAAAACCCAGAAAUACCUAGGUGGAAAAGCAUAGGUUGGUUGAUUUAGUCUAUAGGAUUAUUACAAGCUUGUGAAGAAACAUUAUGCAUUUGUUGCUUCAUCUGUAUUAGUUAGUGGGAAGCACAUGUUUUUCGUCAAGUGAUGGACAAUAGCAUAGUUACAUUUCCAGUGUAAUAUUAUAAUUCUCCUACUUUUGUUGUACAAAUUCACAAUCACGUUUUGGAGUUGAAAAUGUUGACAAAUUUAACUAGGAGAUUUCUUCUCCUUUCUUA